CUUUCUUGAGUGUCUUGAAUGUGACAUGGCGUCCAUCAAGUUAAAUCACGGCCUCCUGUAAAACUGUAUUAAUGACAGUGGUUUCAUUUUGCAUUUUAUUACUGAGGCCGCAAUAAAUCGUACAUUUGCAUUGAUGGUAAUGCAUGCAAGGAAACCUCAGCGAAUAAGCGAUGGGUACUUUGAGAAGCACCAAGCCCAUCCGUAUCAGAAGUACAAUUCCAAAAGGACUACUAGUGAGUAUGUCUCUUCUGACAACCGGUAUACACCACUACGAUCCCCCAAUGGCAACGUGUCCACACAUGGGCACAGCACACACACGAGUCACUCGGGUCACGGGCAUCACCACUACACUCAUGUGGCAGAUGAGAGGGGAUACUCAACAUCCAGAAGUUCUUAUUUACAAAAGGAGAGAGAUAGAGACUAUAAAUCCUCUAGAAAUAAGUACACAGAUAGUGUCAGGUCACCAAAGGAGAAGCGUAGUAAAGAUAGUGAACGAGAAAGAAGUAAUCAUGAGCGAAGUGAUUCGGAGAAAAAAAAUAGGACUAGUUCCAUGAACAUUAGUGUUAGUAGGAGUAGUAAAUAUGACAAAAGAAGUGCACCACCAGCAAGCGUGCCUUCUGGCAGUGAAUGGUCUGAACAUAUUAGUUCAUCUGGAAAAAGAUACUAUUAUAACUGUAUCAGUGAAGUGUCACAGUGGGAAAAACCUAGGGAAUGGGAUUCGCGGCGGACAUCAUCCAAAGAUUCAACAUAUUCAUCAAGAAGCAAUCGUGAUAAGAGAUCAAGUUCCCGGUCGGGGAGGAGAGAGUCGGACAAGUCUAGUAAAAGAAGUAAUAACACAUCCGAAAGGUAUUGGAACAACAGCAGCAGAGAAGAGGAGUCCCACGAUAGGACGCGACCAAAACAUUCGGCCUCCACGCACGAAGGCAAAGAUGGCCAGUCAUUACAAGAUAUGGACAUAUCUCCGGACCGGAGUACGCCGCUGUCGGAAAACUCGUACGGUGCGCGGGAUAACAGUGCGGUGGGUCGGAUCGGCGCCGAGAACAACGCGGUGCCGCCCGUCGUCGUCCUCGACAACUCCAAUCAACCAAGCGGGUCUCUGCUGGCGGCCGCGUUGCCGCGCAUUGUGGCGGCGCCGGUGACGAACAACGGCGGCGCGUCGCCCGCUCCCGGCUCACCGCACCGCGACGCCGGCCCGCCCACGCCCACGCACUCGGAGAACACCGACCCACACGCGCCGCCGCUGCAUCUCGACACCGCCUUGCCUAGGAAGAUGGAGUGCCUGGGCAGCUACUCGUCGGUGGUGGGCGGCGCGCUGCCGCACGCGCCUGCGCCGAUGCUGACGCCGUCGCUGGUCAACUACGUGCGCGCCGACCUCACCGCGCACGUCACCGGUUGGCCCGCUGACAUCCUCGAGAAACAGGCGAACAAGUUCACGGAGGAAGCGUACCAGUUGGGCUGCCUGCAGUGCACGCGCGUGUCCGCGGAGCUCAAAUGUUCGCGCUCCGUGGUGCGCCACACGGAGAUACAGGCCACGCUGCAUGAACAGAAGAUCAUGUACCUGCGGCAGCAGAUCUCGCGACUGGAGGAGCUAAAGUCGCAGAACUCGUUCAUGUCAGAGGACUAGGAGGCGCCUUGGGGCGUGUCGGCUGGCGCCGGCGCAGACCGCGCGCUGACGCCCCUUUCCCCGCCGCACGUGCCCUUCCUCCCGCCCCUGCCGGUCCACAUCGUCGCCGCUAUCGCUAUACAGCGCCGCAUCUCCCACUCCCCACGGGGCAGAUUCACCCAUCAAUGCUAAACAUUGUUCAUUCCGUUCUUUUCUGUGUAAAUUGGAUCGAAUGACUACUUGUGUUGUGUGAUUUGAUGUUAAAAUUUAAGAUUCAUUCUUGGGCCAUUUGCCAAGAGUUGAAUUGCUAAUUCUAUAGAUUUCCAAUAUUUACGACAAUGGUUUCAAUUUAUCGUUUAUGGUAGGUAGGUUAGUCGUAAGAGCGCCGCGGCGCACGUCGCGACUAAGGCAAUUGCACAUCAUGUAUGUUCUUUUUCGUACCUAUGUGUUAAUAUAGCAUGUUCCAAAAGUGUAAUAUAACUUCAAUAAUUAAGUUCCAAUUUUGAUUAGAAAACUAAAGAGUUUAGAAAGUUUUCAAUUUGUAUUCUGCAUUCAGUCAGUUUAUCAUUGUAAGUAAUUCAUCGGUCAGUUCUAAGGGUAACUGUGUUUUGUAAUGUGUUUAUUGUAAAGAUUAAAUUAUUAAAAUAAUAAUUUCUUAGAAAAAUAUUUUUUUCUGUUAGUUUUUGUAUUAGCCAUUAUUACACAAAGCCUGAACAGCAGCACGAAUUACACAUUAGUUAUUUAUAAGAAAAAAUAUCUUAUUAUUUUUUAUACAGCUUUAUAAAAAAUUUUAUGUAAAGUCAAUUUCAUAAAUUCCUGCUGCUGCAGACUCCCCACGCCCCACAUCGACAGCACGCGCGGUCCAUCGUCGAUGUGGGCACAACCGAGCGAGCGGCCCACCGAAUGUAUGGGUAACCGAGGGGCUGGCCCACCGUCGAUGUGGGUACAACCGUGCGGGCAACCCAGGCCUAGGUCUCAUUGCGAUGGGGUUUUCCCGUAGUCCGCGGUCACUCUAAAGUAGGUCAUUGACUAUUUUUGAGGUCCAAGGGUUUGGCUUACCUAAAAAUAAUGUUAUUCCGUUUAGUAUGGUAAAAUAGUUCCCAUAUAAUAAAAUGUAUUUCUUUAUAUUUUUAAGUUUCAUACUUGUAACAAUACUAAAAUAAUACGACUUGCUUACACAGUUUCAGAAAAGAAAUACGAACUUUAUUAUAGGACGAAGAUUUUCACGAGUUUAAUUAGAAAAUUGUUAGGUAAACGAACUCCUCUCUUAGAAUGUUUUGUUUUCUUUUUUAAAUAUAUAGGGCUAAUAUAAUUUAAUAGAUACAUAUACCUUUCAACACCAAUCUUAUGUAAAUUAACAGAAGUAAGUACUGUGAUAUUCAUUCACUUCACACAUAAUAAUAGUAAAUAAUUGUAUGUGUAGAUCUGUGUGGAGAUACUUGUAAUUAUUUAGAUGCACGCUGUUUAUAAAUCACGUAAUUUAUAUUAUUUAGGGUUCAGUCGCAGGCCUGCUCUACUGUGUAGCAGCCUGCCGGCGCGCCCACUGUUACUCUAGUGUAGUGUAAUGUGGUAAUAUGAAGUGAACCGCGACUAGAUGUCGCCUCCACACAGGACUCGCCUUUAAAUAUUUCCUUUCUAUGUUCUUCAUAGUUAUAACAAUACAUUUGUGUUCUGUCAUUGUUCGACAUACAAAAAAUUAAACCAGUUUAAAUAAAUAAAUCUGAUUCAAACAAA